AUCUUACAAACACAAACAGUGCUCUGGGAAUGGCAACUUGCCUAUUGCGAUCACCAUUAGCACAACGCUCUUCAUCGCUAUUCACCUAUUCGUCUGUUUCGAGAUCAUUUAGACAAGUGGCUACUAGUUCAUUGCGAACAACACCACAACUACAAAAACAGAUUGCCGUUUCACCUCGACACUUUCAGACCUCCUCUCGACAACUCUUACGCUCCCUAUCACAACUAGAAAGUAUGAGCGAAGCACAGAAUCCACAAGUUGCUGGCCAAGAGGCAGAAGCAGCCAACGAUACAAACAGUUUCAUUUUGACAUUAUCAUGUCCUGAUCGUAAAGGAAUCGUACAUGCAGUUACUGGAUUUUUGGCACAACGUGGAUUGAACAUUCGUGAUAGUGCGCAAUUUGGUGAUCCGAUCACAAAGAGAUUCUUUAUGCGUGUUCAUGCAGAAAGUGAUAUUCCUUUCACAUUCUCGCAAAGUGCUCUUAAAGCAGAAUUUGAACAACAAACUGGCAUUCAUUCGUUGGAUUUUGAAUUCCAUAACGCAAAUGAGAAACCAAGAACUUUAAUCAUGGUAAGCAAGAUCGGACAUUGUUUGAACGAUUUGCUGUUCCGUGUCAGCAGUGGUUCUUUACCGAUCGAUGUUCCGGUCAUCGUUUCAAAUCAUGCUGAUUACGAAGCAUUGGCAGCCGCUCAUAAGAUUCCAUUUGUUCAUCUACCAAUCGAUACAAAAGCCGGAAAGACGAAAGAAUGGCAAGAGAGUGAAAUUUUGAAAUUGUGCACUCAAUACAAGAUUGAUUUGGUUGUCUUGGCAAGAUAUAUGCAAAUCCUUUCGCCAAAAUUGUGUGAAGUGAUGUCUGGCAGAAUUAUCAACAUUCAUCACUCUUUCUUACCUUCUUUCAAGGGUGCUCGACCAUACCAUCAAGCAUACGAACGUGGUAUCAAAUUGAUCGGUGCAACUGCACAUUACGUCACUGCUGAUUUGGACGAAGGACCAAUCAUCGAACAAGAUGUCGAACGUGUCAAUCAUGCUCUUCCUCCUUUGGAAUUGACAAAAGCAGGUGCUGAUAUUGAAGCCCGUGUCUUGGCUCGUGCCGUUCGUUGGCAUUCAGAACGACGUGUGAUCCUGAACGGUGCAAAGACUGUCGUAUUCAAUUAGAAUUUCAAAAAAAAUGUACUUUUUACUUAACUACCAUGCAUCAUUUCAUUAUCCAUACAAAUGACCAUGCGGGGUAUACAGGCGUGUCUAAAAGAAGGCGAGCAGA